AUGAUUGAUACUUUGAUCGCCAUUCCGAUCGUUUUACUUUCUCUCCUGUUUGUGGUGGCCGCGAUCGCGCUUGUUGCAGUAUGUCGACAUCGAUAUUGCCGAAAGGUCGAUUUAACGGAGAACUUAAAACUAAGUAGAGUGAUCGAGCUAGUGAAGGUAGCGGAUUGGAAGGAAACUUGCAUGGUGAUACUAGCCAAUUUCUUUUCGCUAAAGCAUGUGUCUAGACUAGAUGACUCCUUUUACAUCAAUUCAUCAAUCAACUCUCCACUGACUGUCCCACCAAGUGAUGAUUUUACUCCUGGUUCCUACUUUCGAAAUAGUGAUGAUACGAACAGCCAUAUUUUACCCAAUUCACGACAAGUUGAUGUCUAUCAGCCUGAUUUUGACGACGAUGAACUAAAUGAUAACGGCCUCUGUGAGACGUCAAGGGUUUUAACUCCUAUCUGCGUGAAAAUCUUAAAGACAUGUCACGAUUUAACUGAGAAGUUAGUCUCUACUGUCAUGGCUGAUGUUAUCCAACUUCGUUCGCGUGAAUUUGUUAAAGACGUGGUGCGAUUGUGCAAAAGAGUUGACAGCUGUGUUGAAGAUUUGGUGAAGAUCGCUAGUGGCAGAGAGGAUACUAGAAUGUUAGAAUCAAAAUCGGAUAUACUCAAUAGCGCUAUUCGAGAUCUAUUCAAGAAGAUAAAAAGCGUUUUUAACGAGCCUGAUACUCUUGAAUGGACUAAAGAGUAUUUAGAAGAACUGGAUGUAUUAUUUGAAAAUCUCAAAUGUGCUGCCGCUAAUGUAGCUGGAAAUCAUAUAUUACACGAUUGUGACGGUUGUAAUUCAAUGCAACGAUGCGAGAUUGAAAGUACCGAUGUUGCUGGAGCAGCAUACGCGUACAAGUGCUAAUUGUAAUGCAGUAAUUGGAUUGUGGUUAUUCUUUUCGAAUGUAUCCAUAUCCUUUCAUAGAGCUACUAGAAAGGGCUACUGUGUUUUACCCUAUAGUGUAAUCUUUUAUUAAAUGUAUGUAAUAAGAUUGGGACACUAUGGUUUUACUAGACUACGGUUAUGCUCGUCUGUAGUUUG